GUAGACUGUUUAUUUGCUGCUUAUUGUUCCAUUUAGAUGCAACUAAUAAUUGCAUAAUUUGAGGAUGGAGGAGUGUUUGCAUCUGGUCUGCGAGUCUGUCGGUGUUGGUGAGGAUGAAGAAGUCGGUGUGGAUUUGAUCUGUUCACUUUAUAAGAGUGUCUUCCUCAUCUCUGCCAGUCUGGAUGAGAUGAAGACAGCCAUUUCACAGGUCAGCGGUCGGAGCGGAGGAUCAUCAUGUUCGGCCAGAGGAGUCCUGCAUGUGCUCCUGCUCAUAGAGAAACAGAGAGAACACAAACAACAGCUGCACUGGGAGCUCCAGAUGUUGAAGGCUGGUCGAAUUAAUAAUACUCUGAAACAAAACACACAAUCAUCCACAAUCAACUUCAGCUCCAUACAACAGGAUCCAGAGCAGAUCAGUAUCUUGUGUCUUCAAAACAGAGCCAGGAGACUUUACACCAGACUCCUUCUUGAUGGGGUUUGGAGUGUCCUUCCAUCGAUUACUCAGAGAAACGCUGGCAUAAUUCGACCAGGAAAGAUUUAUCCCAGCAUUUCUGAAAUCCUGCAACUCCUGGACUACAAAUAUGACAUGAUCAGAGAGCGACUGUACAGAGAGAUGUUACAGGAUGAGUUUGGUGUUGUUUGGUGGGACUCGAUGUCAGCGUGGGAUCAGACAGAAAGUGUUUGUGAACUGGGAGCGUCUGCAGAGCAGGCUUUCAGACACAGAGACUGGCUUCAGGUGUGCGAGCUACCCGGGGCCCUCCGGUGCUACAGGAGCUGUGGUUCUGUGGUCCUGCGAGGCUGUCCUGAGAGUGUUAAACCCAGAGGUCAGGCUUGGUCAUCCAAACCGAGGGAACAGGCCUGGUCUGCUGUCAUCAUCCUGUCAGAGCUGGAGUCACAUUAUCAAGAUGAGAAGGAAUCCAUCAGUGCACUUAUGAACAGAGCGGGUCCUGAAGCACUGCAUCUGAUAUAUCUCAGUAUGUGUGUCUCUGUACGGAGAGCUGAGAGAGAAGAUCAGUCCCACACAGCAAUGCUGACCGCCAGACAACACUGGGAAAGAUGGCCUUAUAUGCGAAGUUCAGUCAGUCAGGACCUCGCUACAAUCUGGCUUCAGGAAAAUCUGGAGCCCACAGCUCAAAAACAGCAGGGAUUGCAAACGGGAGCUUGCACACAACAGGCUUUGCUGCAGCUGUUGGUUCUGUGUCAGGAGCAGGAAAGGAAACGAUUGGUGGAGAUUUUGCACAGGGUUUCUCUGAGUGACCUCCAAGGGCUCCGAAACACGCCUGAAAACAACGCUGUGCCGCAUGGAAACGCAGUGGACCAGAGCUGUGUUUCCAGCCUGCAGCAAAUUAAAUCCUCCCUACAGGAAGCUCAUGGUUCUCCUAGCGGACCCUUCGCCCCAGGGUGUUCUGGGAUUGAUGUGUCAUGGGGCGACUGUGCCAUUCAUUUGCUGAACCAGCUGACACAAGCACAUGAAGACGAGGCCUGGACUGUCCUAUACUCUCUUCCAGAUUUGGAUGCUGAGGGUCUUUGGACUUUACUCCACAAGUAUGAGCGUGAGCUUCACAGACCCAGCUUCCACAACCUGAAUGAGGUUCUACAGUCACGUGACCCAGCACACGUCAACAGAGACGCCAGCGCAGUCAACGCUAACACCGAGAGAGAGAGAGCUGCACAGAGAGGAGAAGAGCCGACAGAGGGUGAAAAACAAGAGGUCUGCACUGGUUGCGGCAUGGCUUUAGAUCCAGAAGACACUCCAUAUUUAGAGAUCCUCUGUGUCCGAGAUCCACGAGAUGAAGACAUGAUGGAGAGGAGAGACGGAGACAGAGAGAGAACAGGAGAGCAGGAGGAAAUUUCAGUGGAGAAGCAAAACUCUCUGAUCACACUGGCCUGGAGCAAACCAACACACACCGACAGUCACUUUCAGGAAGGCAGCUCGGCUGGACAGGAAGAAGAAGUGGACUCUGUCACAGUGCAGGAGGAAAAACCUGAAAACACAGUACCUGUACCUGAGACUAAUCCCUCAGAUGUGAACAUUUACACACACCAGGAGAACACGAGCAGCAUCUCGGUGCAGCAAUGCGAACACUAUGAACAAACACAUUCAGAUCACACUGACUGUGUGGAGGGAGAAACCCUGGAGGAUUCAGGCAUCAUCAUGGCUGAUCAGCAGCAGGACUUCAGAGAUGGAUAUUUUCCCCUCAAGCCUCUCACUGACAUCCAUCAGCCCGACUCAACAGCAAACACUGACACAACAGACACAAACACACACACACCACCAGCAGCAGCAGCACAUGUGUGUUCCUCAGACAGUGACACCACACACACACUGGAGAUCCCUGAAGAUCAGCAGAUGCAGAGAGAGGAGACCAUGAGAUGUUUGGUGGACAUCCAGAGGAGAGCAGAGCGACGCUGGCAACGAGACCGAGACCGACAACUGCUCAGGGUUCAAGAGCGUCUGGCCAUCGUCCAGAGCCGGAAGGCAGAUGAAGAUCUGUUGGGCCUGACGCAGGAGGACACACUCCGACAUCUGACCGACACACUGCGACAGGAGGACGAGCAGCAGCAGAAGACAUUAGUGCGAGAGAAGCUCCAGCAGAUGAGGAGAGAACGCUCCUGCAUCCUUCAGACCAGACGAGAGAGAAACACCGCUGGCUUUAAAGAGCUUCUAGCCCCCACAGCUCAACGCAUGACAGAGACUGAAGAAGGACACUAAACACCGGUUUCCACAAAAACACACAGCGCACACGGUCAAAACAUUCAUCAACUUUAUUGAUGUAUGAGCACAUAAGUAACUGUGUUUGAACGAUGGCAACUUGUGUUCGCGGUUCAAACACUUUCCAGGUUGCCAAUGAUAAAUGUCGCCCCCUACAGGCUUGUAUUAGUGCUUACGACGCAUGCACACAUUGGCUGUUGAUCUCAAGAAGACUGUGGUGUUUCUUUGGCAAAUAAUAAAUUGCAUGACUCGAAUACCAUAAAAACGCGCUAUUGGGUUUGGUUUGCUUCGUGUUAAUCUCAGCGUGUCGCCCACAUGCACGUUACUCCGCUGUCGAAUACAAACCAGCGAUUUUCUCCGAAUUUACCGUACAAGAUGAUGUCUGAACCGCCUCAGUCUUGAACACAUUUGUGCGUGCGUGCGUGCGUGUGUGUUAGUUAUAACUUAAACAACAGCGUCUGCCCCGCCGCAGACAUUCAGCUUUAGAUUUUCAGAGAGCGUAUAUACUGAGAACGUCUACAAAUGGAAAUGAAAGGAAUGAUGAAUAAAUUAUUUCGCUUUGCUUU